GGCCCUGUGCAUCUGACCAUCCUCCUCCACAAGGAGGUUCUCCCACAACGAGGAAAAGUGAGCAGGAUCGCUCAGCGGGGCGAGGAGCUGCAGAAACGAGCGCCUUGUUUUUUUCAAAUUAAUCAAUUAAUUCAGUUGAUUUUCAGUCCCGCUCCGCUUUGAGGCUCGAGUCGCAGGAGCUCUGAGUUCGGGCAGCGUUUGAAGGAGUUCACAGCGCGCGGGCUUUGCGCAAUCUGCACCUGGACUGGGCUUUUAUUGCUGCUUCAGCCAAAUGUGGGCAGACUUAACUUCGCUGGCGCCCAUCGUCUGACCCAGGCUUGCCUUUCUGGACUUUAUGCACCCAAAGAGAACAGAAAAUAGGAGGCAAAAGUGAGGCGUGACGUCACUUUUAUUAUUGAGCCCCCUUCUCCUUCUCCUCCUCCUCCUCCUCCCUCUCCCACUCCCACGUCAUCCAUCAAUAUCGGUCCGUAUCGAUCCGUAAAGUGUGCUACAAGUGGAGGAGGGCGAGUUAGUGGGGGGUUAACGGGACAAACAGAGAGAUGGGGCAUCCUCCGCUGGAGUUCAGCGACUGCUACUCGGACAGUCCGGAUUUCAGAGAGAGGCUCAAAUGUUACGAAUCGGAGCUGGAGAGGACGAGCAAGUUCCUCAAGGACGUCAUCAAGGAUGGGAACAACGUCAUAAACGCCAUACGAGGCUACUCUCUGGCGGUGCAGAAGUUCUCUCAGACCCUGCAGACCUUCCAGUUCGACUUCAUUGGUGACACAUUGACCGAUGAUGAAAUGAACAUUGCCGAGUCGUUCCGUGAGUUUGCUGGUCUGCUACAGGAGGUGGAGGAGAACAGGAUGAUGCUGGUACAGAAUGCAUGUGAUUUGCUCAUCAAGCCUCUGGAGAAGUUCCGGAAAGAUCAGAUUGGAGUCACAAAAGAGCGGCGUAAGAAGUUUGAGAAGGAGAGCGAGAAGUACUACUCUCAACUGGACAAACAUCUCAACCUGUCAUCCAAAAAGAAGGAGACCCAAUUACAGGAGGCGGACGAUCUGGUGGAUAAAGAGCGUCAGGCGUUCUACGAGUCGUCUCUCGAGUACGUCUACCAGAUCCAGCAGGUGGAGGACAGGAAGAAGUUCGAUAUCGUUGAGCCUGUGCUGGCGUUCCUGCAGAGUAUUCUGACUCUGAAUAAUCUAACAGUGGAGAUGACUCAGGACUUCCUGCCUUAUAAACAGGAGCUGCAGUUGAGCCUGCAAAACACGCGUAACCACUUUGAGAGUACGCGAGAAGAAAUGGAGGAACUGAUGAAGAGGAUGAAACUGCCCAACCCCAUCUUCAUCAGACACGGCCAGCAGCCGACCAUAGAGGGCUACCUCUAUGUCCAGGAGAAACGGGCGUUGGGGAUGACCUGGGUGAAGUACUACUGUAAGUAUAUGAAGGGUUCUAAGCUGCUGCUGCUGCUGCCAACAGAACAGAAACCUGCAACCAAACAGGUUCCUCUCGAGCUCACUCUAAAGUCAUGUAUUCGGCGUAAAUCCGAGUCGAUCGAUAAACGCUUCUGCUUUGACAUCGAGACACAGGAGAGACCCACGUUCACUGUGCAGUCCAUCUCUGAGGUCAACAGGAAGCAGUGGAUGGAAGCUAUGGAUGGAAAAGAGCCGAUUUACCACUCCCCCAUUCACAAACAAGCCGAAAUGGAACUGAACGAAACCGGCUUCAAGUUUGUCAGAAAAUGCAUCAACGUGAUCGAGACCAAAGGGCUGAGUCAGGAAGGAGUGUAUAGGACCGUCGGCAGCAACAUCCAAGUACAGAAACUGCUGAAUGCCUUUUUUGACCCCAAGUGUCCAGGUGAUGUGGAUUUGAACAGCAGUGAAUGGGACAUUAAAACCAUCACCAGUGCAAUGAAGUUCUACCUGCGGAGCCUGAGUGAACCACUCAUGACCUACACUUUGCACCGGGAGCUCAUCAGUGCAGCAAAGUCCGAGAACCUGGAUUACCGUUUGGGGGCGGUUCACUCGCUGGUCUACAAGCUGCCAGAGCAGAACCGAGAGAUGCUGGAGCUUAUGAUCAAACACCUGGUCAGCGUUUGCAGCCACAGCUGUGCCAACCUGAUGACGGCGUCUAACAUGGGGGUCAUCUUCGGCCCCACGCUGAUGAGGGCGGAGGAGGAGACGGUGGCGGCCAUGCUGGACAUAAAGUUCCAGAACAUCGUCGUUGAGAUCCUAAUCGAGGACUACAAGAAGAUCUUCAGCGGCCCUCCAGAGGAAAGCUUAGCGCCGCCACUUCCGCCCCCCAGGGCGGCGCCGAGGAGACGACAGCCAAUCACGAUCUCCAAACGACCGCCCAGGGUUUACACCGGGCUCCAGCCUCCGGCCUUCGAGAGCCGAGAGCAAAACGGUGCCACGCAUAACGGUCCAGAUUCUGGAGGUGACCUGUCCAGUCCUGUCCCUCACCAAAGGACCAAACUGGCUCCUCCCUCUGUGGCCCCGCCUUCCAUUCCUCCAUCCUCUCCUCCGGCGCUCCCUCGCUCCUCCCCUCCGUCCCGCACCCCUCCGCAGCGCCUCUCUGUCUUGCCCAAACCUGAGCUCUCCAGGCUGGCUCCGAGGACACAAGAUGGAGGUCAAAGGUCAAAUCCUACGGCGACGGCUAAUGGGGAGUCUGGAGUGACGGUGGGCCGCACUCAGUCUUUCCAGGGCAGAAAACCGCCACCGCGGGUCAUCGCGGCAACCAAAGAUGCUGAGAGCGACUGUUUGAAAGGUCGUCCUUUCUUGGAGAAGAGUCCCAUCUGCCGGCCCCCCACACGGCCCCCAGACCCGCCCACACGCUGCCCAGCCAAUCAGAAAGCGCCCAGUGAUGACACACAACCAUCAUAUGUCGCUUCCAAGACCAAGUUUUUUGAGAAUGCUUCCCGACAGGCCGGAAGCCCCUCCGUCACUCCAACUGGGAAUGAACUUCCAAGAUGAGGUUCUAAAUAGGAAACUCAGAAGCUACAUCUUCAUCAUCGUCAUCAUCGUCGUCAUUCUUUCUGCUACAGCUAACCCCUGAACAUCAGAGCGAUCGAUGCUUUUACCUGGUCGUGACCCCUUUUUGUUUUCUACUUUCAUGAGUCUGUAAAUGUGUUUGCGCCCAUGUGGGAUUGAUGAAGUAACUGACUGGACCAGAACUCCAGAAGAAAAAUACGGACCACCUACUACAAUUGUGGUUCCAAUUACAGGCACCUUUCAAACCUCCCCAAAACCACAUGCACAGGCGCUGCACCAGCUGGGUUUGGCCGUCUUCAUGCGUGGCUAAACGCUGUGGUUUGUGUUUGCGUGUUUGCGUCCAAGCGUCCGUGAAUGGGUUCCACUACCAAAAGCUGCACUUACUCGCUUUGCUGUUGAGAACAAAGAUGAGAUGAGAAUGGAAAGUUUGAAUCAGUUUCGGUUUAAAACACUUCACCCUCCAUAAACCCCCUGACCUACUUCUGCACUGUUGCAUACAGGAACUGAACUACACGAGUGCCUCCACUACAGCUGUUGACUCAGGCUUUUACACCGACUGGCUCAUCAAGGCCGUGCACAGUGCACAUGCAUUAAGUUUGUACUUAAGUAGAUGCUACAGUGGCCCCAAACGUAUUUAACCAUUGAUAAACCUUAAUGACAAAUUGAUAUUUGGGUGACGCUUUCUUGUACAGUCCCUAAAGUUCUAGGUAUUAGCAUGAUGGUAGGUUCUCAAGCAGUCUACGUAAAUCACACUGAAACGUCCAACAGGUUCUAGUAGUAGUUGAUGACACGCGGGUUCACUGGUUGACGGUCUUUUUAAGAUAUUAGUCAUUAGCGUUAUACCGAUAUGCAAAAAAAAUGCAGAUAAUGCGACAUACGAUGAUUCCCCCACUUCUAGUGUGGUGAGUCUGCAUCCUGAGGUCAGUUAGUCCAGUUUAUUGUCAGAGGAGUGACAGCAGAUUAACGAGUUAAUGGGGAAAAGAGAGUGGAGGAAAAAGCCAGUCUCUUGGGGUUAGCCGUUAACCAUUAGCCUAGCAUGGGGACUAGCUGGAUCUCCGCGUGCCCCGCUCCUCGCUCAGCCAGCUGCUUUAGGCGAUGCCACAGUCUCGGCUUACAAGCUGAGAGAAUCCACAGCUUCUCAGCUAUACCUGAUAGUGUGUUAAUAUUUACUAAAUUCCAGCGUAGAUUAAAGCUCUACAAAAAAAAUGUUUAUUUAAGCAUCCACAGUACUGUGUAUUUAUUUUUGGUAGUUAUACAACAUGAAAAGAUUGUAGAUGAAUAAAGCACACAGUCUUAUAUGGUACGUACCUGUUUAUUAACUAUAAACAAAACUGUGUGCUGUAAAAGAAAGCGCUGGAUACUUCCUGUUUACAGUUACUUUAUAGUUUGUGCUGUCAUUUUACACCACGUAACUUACCCACUACUUGUUUUUAACUCUCUUUCCUGCUUAAGUGGGUCAUUACAGUGCAAUUUAGUUUAUGUUUGUGUUCAACACCUUGUCCAAAUAAUUAUGAGAUAUUUUACUGUCUAAUUUAUGAGCUUAAUAGCUAGAACCUGGUGGGCAUUUCAGUGUAAUUUAGUUAAACUGCCUGGGAACUUACAUCAUUUUACCCAAAAACAAUGAUGGAGUUUGUACUUGUCACGCUUAUCCAGUUAAUACCUGCAGCUGAAGGGUCUGUAAAAGAAACCAUUACCGAUAUUUGUUUGAGGAAAAAAGCACUUUUAGCGCAACAUCAGGCUGACAGUGGAGUCUUUGUGUGGAGAGGAGCUCCAAUCAGUCUGCGCUAUGGGUUCUGUAAAGCACAAAGUCUGGAGCUGUUUUUCUUACAAAGCUGUCGCUGAGCUUGAGUUCACUGAUGGGAUCAUGAGGCGUACAAAGACAUUCUGGAUGCCUGCGGAUCGUCUGCGAAGAAUCUGCUCAAAUGAGAACAAUCAGCCGCCUUCUGAAAGAAUAUAGUUCCAAAAAGAAAAUGAGGGUCUUGGAGAGGAAAUGAGAAUCUGUUUAAAUUGGAUUACUCUUGUUCCCCAACGCAGUGAACCUAAUACCUUUUAAAGCCUGGCACAAAUGUCCAAAUACUUUUGGGGCCCACUGUAUAUACCUUGACGUAUCCAUGCUCCCAUGGUCUUUCAUCGCAACUGUUGCUGGGUUGAUUUAGUAAGAAAUUAGAGUGAGUUUUAAAUUUUAAAUGAUAUUUAUUUUGUAUAUCUGUGAAAGAGUUUUUUUGGAGCUAAUGUUAGCAUAGUGGCUACUUUAUUUUCAUUUCCUCCCUAGUUUUGAUGAACUACUACUUGGUAGUGUAGCAUUUUUACCUGGACACUCCACGUUAUGCAGAGACGCUAAACAGAAAUCACUACAGGUUCUCAUUAGGUUGAAUGAAUAACUGACUCUAAAUGUAGGUAUUGUGAUAUAAACUGAGUCUGUUCUACAGUUUCUCAUUAGGCUGAAUGAAUAACCGACUCUAAAUGUAGGUAUUGUGAUAUAAACUGAGUCUGUUCUACAGUUUCUCAUUAGGCUGAAUGAAUACUGACUCUAAAUGUAGGUAUUGUGAUAUAAACUGAGUCUGUUCUACAGUUUCUCAUUAGGCUGAAUGAAUAACCGACUCUAAAUGUAGGUAUUGUGAUAUAAACUGAGUCUGUUCUACAGUUUCUCAUUAGGCUGAAUGAAUAACCGACUCUAAAUGUAGGUAUUGUGAUAUAAACUGAGUCAGUUCUACAGUUUCUCAUUAGGCUGAAUGAAUAACCGACUCUAAAUGUAGGUAUUGUGAUAUAAACUGAGUUCUAUAAACCUCACAACAGUAGCUAUGAAAGAACACAGAGCAUGGAUUGGGCGUCGUGUACCAGACACAGCACUUUUUUUGACUGUUUUGAGCAUUAAAAAUAUCACUAUUGAUAUUUUCGUAAAUAGGGGUGGGCAAUGUGAUGCUAUAUUAUCAUUACAUAAAUUAUGUUAUGAUACGCUUUUCUGAGAACAUCACAGGUACUAUCAGUAUUUCUAAAACACCAUAAAAAUAUAUGGAUUUACAUAAAUUGUAUAGCCUGUAAACAAGGAGCUGAUUGGAUAUCAGCCUAAUACAUUAUUAUCUUAUUUAUUUUUCACCAGUUGAUUUGUCCUCCUGUUUCAAUAACAAUCAUUUUAACAGUUGUCAAUAUCGACCAAUAGAAUUUCAAAGCUAAAACAAACUAUAGUUGUGAUCUAAUUAAAGCCAAGGCAUUAAUAGAGAUAUUAAUCAGCUAAAAAUGUACAAAAACCUUUCAAAUUUAAUCUUUUCUUCCGUCCAAAAUACUUUCUAUAGGGAGGUGUCAAACCUCUAAAUUUACACUUCUGAAUAUUAUUAUUAUUAUUAUAUAUUCUUUUGUUGCAUUUUUUUCUGUUUAAUGUUGUUUUUUAAAAUAUAUUUUUGAUGCCUUUUGAAGUGAAGUUGAAAAAUUAAAAUGUAUUUUUUACAUCGAAAAAACUUAUUUUAAAAUUUAAAAAACGCUGUCCCAGGUUUUCAUGUCACUACCGAAACACAGAGUUUUAUCCAGUAGGCGGGGCCUUAUUUAAGCCACACCUCUGCAUUUUAGAGCAGAAAGUGACGCUGCGUCACAGUCCCUCAUGGCCACAUGGUGAGCAGUCAGAUCUCAAUGUUUUGAAUAAAAUUCCUUAAACUCAAAUAAACAGCAGAAAUAUUACAAAUAAUGGGGUCAGAGUUCACUUUGUUAGUUUCUUUUAAUUAUCUAUUAUGUUUCAUAUUUUUGUGAUUAGUCCUCAGUUUUUGGUAACACUUUAGGGUGCUGUUCAUAAGGCUACAUGACACCUACAUUAGCUUGUCAUAACAACUGACAAAACCCUACAUAAAUGUUUACACAUGCUUAUUCCAGUAUGCGUCGUUCGCUAAAUGGGUUACAUUUGCCAGUUUUGAUCAAAGUUAGCUAAAGUAGCCUUUAGCUAUUGGAAUAUGCAAGUAUAAACACUUAUGUAGGGUUAUGUCAGUUGCCAUUUAGCCUUAUGAACAGCACCCUGCAGUAAAGUGUUCCUCAGUUUUCCUAAUAUCAGAGUUUGUUACAAUUUAAAACAAUGCUACGAAAUAUCGUUUCCAAUACUGAUAAAUCAGUGCGACUACAAUAUCGGUUGAUAUUAUCGGCUAACUGACAUAUUGGUCGAGAUCUGGUCUGUUCAGCUGGUGAGCUCAAAAAAAAAGAAACACUGUGAUUUAUAUUAUAUUGUGCUGUAAAGAUCUUACCAGGUAUUGCAAUAUAGCAUUUCUGCCACAUCGCCCACCCUUAGCUGCGAAAAUGACCAUGUUGUUUUUGUCGUAAAUUGUGUUGGUCAGCAGUAACAACUCGUUACUGUUCAGAACUUUCUUUGAAGACAUUUUUGUAUGCAAACCAAAAGGGAUAAACUAGAAUAUUGUCACUGUCAUAAGAAAACAUCAUGAAUUUGUAGGAGAAAGAAAACAAAAAAGCGGUUUUAAUGUUCAUUGACAUUUAUUUGGAGCAUUUGUUUUGCUGCCUUUUUCAAAUGGUGUAAAAAAUAAAACUGGGAAAAUAAUUUUUUUGUUAAAACAGUGACGAUUUGCUACUUAAACACUCCUCACACAGUAAACACUCAUAAGCUUUUCUAUCAUUUUUUUGUAGUUUCAUUAUCUGAAGUACUGACAAACAUCUUUCUUCACCAUUCUUUCCUUUCAGUGGAAUCCCACGAUUUUUAAUUCCUACAUAAUUCAGUGGUUGAGAUGUAAACAGAGUCAUUCAGAGCGGUUUGGUGUGAAACGCUCUGUUCUAGAGAAACUUAAAGUCAGAACUGUUCACAGUGGUGGUGAUAGGAACCAGA